CGCUUCUCGUGGCUCGCAUUUCACUUCGCCUAAAAAAUCUCUCCUUCGAUCCUCUUCUUUUUCUCCUUCUUCUUCUCUGUCUAUGCUCAAUCUUCAUCGCUAGAUGGCGCUUGUUCAUUGGAAGCCCGUCCUCCACCGGCCUCUUCAGGAGGCCCCCGGAGUAAUCCCCCGAUGGAAGAGGCGAUCGUUUCUCGGGCGCCAGAUUUGCCGACCGAGACCCGUCUUCCGAUCUAUCUGUUGCUCCAAGUCCUCCAAGGAUGAUCGGAAGCGGACUCGCCCAAUCGUCAGCUCUGGCGUUACCCAGACGCCCUCCCUCGCUGACGUCGAUGAGGCCAAAUUAUUGUUCACGGAGACCUUCCCCUUGAAGCGGCCACAAACGGAGAAGGGAAAAAUAAUAGUGAGAUUGGAUCCAGUAGUGGAAGACGGGAAUGCGUCCAAAUGGAGGUUGAAUGUCGGUUGUAAUUUGGAAGGGAAGUGGAUUCUACACUGGGGAGUAAGCUAUUGCGAUGAUCUUGGAAGUGAAUGGGACCAACCUCCUCCUGAAAUGAGACCGCCUGAUUCUGUCGUGAUUAAGGAUUAUGCAAUUGAAACCCCUUUAAAGAAAGGAACAUCUUUGUCGGAAGGGCAUAUAAUCUAUGAAGCACAGAUUGAUUUUGAUAGCAAUAUCCCAAUUUCAGCUAUUCAUUUUGUUUUAAAGGAAGAAGAAACAGGGGCAUGGUUUCAACACAAGGGGAGGGAUUUCAGAAUUUCAUUCACAGAUUCUAGUAAUGGGGGCAACACCGUAGAUGGAAACCGAGGCUUCAGUAUAUGGCCAGGGGCUCUUAACCAGAUACCUGGCAUGCUGUUGAAAGCUGAAGGGUCCACUUCCAAGCAAAAAUAUUCUAAAGAUACUAAAAUUUUGAAGCAUAAUAGGAUUAUUGCUCGGUUUAAUAAAGAAUUUCCCAUCUUAAAGGAAGAGUUUGUUAGCAAUUUUAUGACAGUCUCUUUGACUAGAAGUGAGGACACACAUCAAAAAUUUGUACAAUUUGACACAGAUUUACCUGGUGAUGUUGUUGUUCAUUGGGGUGUCUGUAAGGCGGAUGGAAGAAAAUGGGAAAUUCCAACUACACCACAUCCACCAAGGACUAAAAUAUUUCGGCAAAAGGCUCUUCAAACUGUGUUGCAGCCAAAAGAAGAUGGCCAAGGUAAUUGGGGAUUGUUUCCAAUCGAUGAAGAAACUUCUGCUGUAGUUUUCGUGCUGAAGCUUAAUGAAUACACCUGGUUGAAUAACAUGGGAGCUGAUUUUUUUGUCCCUACUGGAAAUGUGAUUAAUUCACUUGCUGAAUUUGGUAGUGCAUUAGGGACUGAGACUUCUGAACUAGUAAAUGAUAGUACAGGGCAAGCUCAAGUCACUGCAGAGAAAGAUAAUUCUGUUACAUAUAGUUAUGAAAUUAUCAAGGAAAUAAAGAAUUUAGUAAGCGAUAUAUCAUCAGAAAGAAGUAAAGGAGCAAAGAGUAAGGAAGCACAGGAAAGCAUUCUACAAGAAAUUGAGAAAUUGGCUGCAGAAGCUUACAGUAUCUUCCGGAGCUCUAUUCCAAGUUAUGCAGAUCCUGUUACUGAUUCUGAUCUGUUGAAGCCUGCUGUAGAAUUGACUUCAGGGACAGGCUCUGGGUAUGAAAUUCUGUGUCAAGGAUUCAACUGGGAGUCUCACAGAUCAGGAAAAUGGUAUGCCGAGCUUAGUGCAAAGACUGUGGAGUUGUCUUCACUAGGUUUUACGGUAGUCUGGCUACCACCACCUACAGAGUCGGUCUCUCCUGAAGGCUACAUGCCUAAGGAUUUAUAUAAUUUAGAUUCCAGAUAUGGAAAGAUUGACGAGCUGAAGCAACUUGUGAAGAGGUUCCAUGAAGUUGGUGUCAAAGUUCUUGGUGAUGUUGUCUUAAACCAUCGAUGUGCCCACUACCAGAAUAAGAAUGGAGUAUGGAACAUUUUUGGCGGCCGUUUGAAUUGGGAUGACCGGGCUGUUGUUGCUGAUGAUCCUCAUUUCCAGGGUAGGGGAAACAAAAGCAGUGGAGAUAGUUUUCAUGCUGCACCAAAUAUUGACCACUCUCAAGAUUUUGUGAGGAAUGAUCUAAAGGAAUGGCUUUGCUGGUUAAGAAAAGAAGUUGGAUAUGAUGGUUGGAGAUUGGAUUUUGUUCGUGGGUUUUGGGGCGGCUAUGUUAAGGACUACAUAGAAGCAUCUGAACCUUAUUUUGCUGUGGGCGAGUACUGGGACUCUCUAAGUUAUACAUAUGGGGAGAUGGACCACAAUCAAGAUGCUCAUAGACAGAGAAUAAUUGACUGGAUAAAUGCUACAAAUGGUACUGCAGGUGCCUUUGAUGUCACAACAAAAGGAAUACUUCACACGGCUCUAGAGAGAUGCGAGUACUGGCGAUUGUGCGAUGAACAUGGAAAACCACCUGGAGUUGUAGGUUGGUGGCCAUCUCGCGCUGUUACUUUUAUAGAAAACCAUGACACGGGUUCUACUCAGGGUCACUGGCGAUUCCCUUCCGGAAAGGAGAUGCAAGGAUAUGCUUACAUCCUCACACAUCCAGGAACACCAGCAGUCUUCUAUGACCACAUCUUCUCUCAUUGCCAAAAUGAUAUUUCUAAACUGAUCUCAAUUAGAAACCGGAACAAGAUCAAUUGCCGGAGUAUGCUCAAGAUUACCAAAGCUGAGAGGGAUGUCUACGCAGCUGUGAUUGACGAAAAGGUAGCAGUCAAAAUUGGGCCUGGACAUUAUGAACCACCAAAUGGCUCCAAGAGAUGGAAUGUUGCUGCUGAAGGUGUAAAUUACAGAGUAUGGGAGACAUCAUGAACUCUAUAGCCAUCACCUAUAUCAUGUGAAUUCAUGUCAUUAGAUUUGUUAGAGGUUUCAGAAAAGAACAUAUUUAAGAAGAAUACCUUGAAGAAUCAAAUAGCACGAGAUGUGGAUCCUAUUUUUUAUCCCAGCACUCCUGCAGAGCUAAAGUCGUAUAGUUUUUCCCUUUUCCCAAAAUAAGAGAAAACACACAUCAUUUUAUAGGAUUGUUCUUCGUCAUUGUACUAUUUUUUUUCUUGUAAAGCAACAAUGGCUUAAGGUUCUAUUGUGUAUGUAAAAAAAAAUUAUUGUGAUUUUUAUUUUCAUUACUGGCUUCUGUUUC